ACUCCCAGGAGAUCGUACAGAGCUGUGUCGACUGGCAUGGUAGUCGAACUUACUUUGUAAGCUCAGAGUGGGAAUGACGGAAACAAGGACGUCGUACGAUGAGGGUCUGAUUCUCCUCUGGACUUUACUGUAAAUCUCUUAGUCUAGAAAAAGUUGAGCCGCGGCGGAGUGGCCUGAGUGGAGCAGCCGGGGCCUUCGGAAGGACUGAGGCGAGGCGAGGCGAGGGGCCGCGCCUGGCUCGCGUUGCACCAGACGACUUGUUGGUAGACCUUCUUCCUGACCAUUGUAGCUGUGUACAGCAUCUCUCUUGGGGCCAGUAAUGUCGUCGCCCUCUCCUCAGCCUGCUUCAGUGCUGAAGCUCGCCGUGCUGCCUCUGAUUGGCUUCGCAUCGGCAGCGGCGCUGGGCUACGUAGCCCUCUUUACUCCUUCUCAGCAAGCACUCUAUUCUGCCGCUUACACCUCUGGAUGUACGGUACCAGCCAGGAAGCAGCUUCCAACGGACAUCACUCGCGGUGUGCUGCCUCAGAUCGACAAUGCUCUAUGCGUGCUGCUGCCCUUCUUCAAGCAGCUCAUCGCUGACCGAGCCUCCAUCGCGGGCGGAGCUCUCAUCUUCUCCACGCUGCUCCCCAUUCUCAUGCGGCAGUGCUACCUCGCCUCAUCGCCCAACACCCGUUCUUUCUUCCUGGGUCCCUUGGCCGUCGUCCUUGUUCACCUCAUCGGAAGGAUGACCGGCAUUGGAUUUGCCCUUGCUAGUGUAGGACUCCUCUUCCAGGCUCUGGGCUCGUACCAGCAGAUGCAGAGAUCAUCUGAAAGCCUCCCAGUGGUGCCUACACCAGCUGGAUCCGUCUACUGGAGCAACCUCCUCCUGUCGAUCAUCACAGUGCUCCUCUUCUCAGUCUCAACCCUCGAAAGCUCUGGUGCCAAGUGGACGCUGGCAUCUGUUGCUCUGCUCGCGUAUCCCGCCUUCUUGUCCCUGGCCUUGCUCCUGGCGACCGCGGGAGUCAAGACUACAAAGGAUGAGCGACAAGGCCGGACCGCCUUGCUCGAGUACUCGGCAGAACAAGUCAGCUAUGCCUUUGAGCGAAAGUGGAGCUACUAUAGAAAGGCAGCUCUAGGUUCAAUGGCAGCUUACUGGUUUGGACUGGUCAGGCUUGGCUGGGCAUGGCAAGAAGGGACGCUUCGAUUCUCAGGCCUUCCCCUCUUCCUCUUUGCCGACUACAUUGGUACCGUAGUGUACAUCAUUCUCGCUAUCCGCAUCGAGCGCCUUACCAUCCGCUCAUCUGCGCCUACCCAUCCUCUGACUGGACAACCGCGGUCCCGCCUGUCUCUGGACUGCCAGAAGGCCAUCACGCUUGCACCCGCGGGCAAUCCCCAGCUCGAGCGAGGCACUUGGCAGCCCCUUGUGGCGGGUAUUCUCUGUGGCCCCGGCAUGGCGGCUGCGCUGGGAUGGAGGGAGGCUGCUGCCGUUCAGGGCGCUAAGAAGAACUAAGGUGGUUCGAAUGAGCGCACAAAGAGAUACCUUUGAGUUGGAAAAGCAAGUAGAGCAUAGAGUCGUACAUUGACGACCGGUCUGGUCUAACCGCUAGUGAUGGCAAGUCUCGUGACCGGGACCUAAUCGCGACGCCCAU